AUGGCCACCCAAGUCACCACGGGACGCCCUCCUCAGCUCGCCGAGCGGCCGCAAACGAUAUCAGGAAUUAAUGCGGAGCCAGCGCAAGAGCUCUUACUUGAUGGCGAUGACGAUGAGCAACCAAAUGAGGAGGAUGACGAAGAGACGCUUAAAUUGAAGCUGGCUGCGAUCGAGGCACGUCUCAAGUUGAAGAAGCUUCAGCAGAAACGUGCCAAAGCGGCUCUUUCGAGCUCGGAUGCGGAAGGAGACGACGGGCGGAGGAGACCGGGCUCGGCCGUUAGCUCAUCAGUGCUGCCUUCCAGUCGCCUGAAUGCUGCCCGGGAGAGACCUACGGCGGACCGCGUUGGUAAUGGGGAUGACGUGCAGGUUCCAUUAUCUCCGUCAAAGAAGAUCCCAGCGGUUGCUGAGCCCGUAUCGCCCCGGAGAGUGCUACUCGGCAUUGACAAGGGCCUAAAAGGGAAAGAUGUGUCUCUUCGCCGACCACCCAGCUCGAGAGUCAGUGCUCGGCCAGCGAGUUCUCUUGAAUCUCGAGAUAGAGCAACUCCCCGUGCUGGUGACGGGUACGGGUCUCGGGAUAUUUGGUCUUCCGCCGGUGAAGAACCCCGACGGACCAAGACCUUCAGCGAGAGAAUCGCGGAAAGCAGAAGUGCUGAUAGGGCUCGACAAGAGAGAGCAGAGAAGAUACAAAGAAGUCGAAGCACCGCGUUCCAGAUCGACAAAGCAGAAAUAGAACACUUCAAGCAAGUGGCAGCUUCUCAACGGCCAUCAACGUCACCUGUAAGGUCGCAAAUGACUGAGAGUUUUAGUCGCGAGGAUGUCUUGCGAUCAUUUUGCGGAUCUUCUUCAGCUUUACGAAGGACCAAGACAACCCCAAAUCUUCGAGAGUCUGGUUCAGGCGCAUCUUCACCACAUCCCGGUGAGAACAGGCAAACACAGAAAUCGGCGGGAGAAUUGUCGGGGUCUGAUACAAGGAGUUCUAGCGAAGCCCAAGCAGAUACGGGCGAGGAGGGCGAAGGUAGCGAAACGAAAGCUCCAGAUUAUUCCAAGUAUGAGCCUUACUCGGCUCUGCACCUCUCCAAUCGCAUCUUGCCGCACUCCUUUCUCACCAGAACGUUGGCGUCCAAGACGAUCCUUCGUAUCCCCGAUCUCCUAAAGGCGGUUAAAGCCCCUGACUUUGACCUUCCUGACAUCGAAGGAGACUAUGUGGUAUUUGGAAUCGUCGCCUCCAAGUCUGCUCCAAAGGAGCAUAAAGAAUCUAAAAGGGUGACCUCGAAGGAAGUUGACCCUUACGACGAUGGUCUCAAUAACACGGACAAAUAUAUGGCAAUCACUCUCACGGAUUUGAAAUGGACCAUCGAUCUUUUCCUCUUCGAUACCGCCUUCACCAGAUACUACAAGCUCUCCGAGGGUAUCCUAAUCGCCAUCCUGAACCCUAACAUCAUGCCGCCGCCCCCGAACAAAAUCGACACUAAUCGAUUCAGCCUGUCUAUCUCAUCAUCUGACGACACAGUUCUCGAAAUCGGCUCUGCAAGAGACAUCGGGUUCUGCAAAGCCGUCAGAAAGGAUGGUAAGACUUGCCAGGCCUGGGUCGACGCUCGCAAGACGGAGUUCUGCGACUUCCACGUGGAUGCGCAGAUCCGUCGCACGCAGUCGCAGAGGAUGGGAGUCAAUGGCGGAACUGGCAUGUUUGGACCGGGUGGACGCUCCGGAUCGCGCACGGGGUUCUUUGGCAGUGGUGGCGUUAAACAGGCCAGCGCCAGACGUGGACUGAAAUCCGAGGGUGCUCAAUAUGACAGAGAGACUCAAUCCACCUUCUACAUCGCGCCAGCUCCCAAAGCAAGCAGCCAUUCCGGCGGUUUCUUUAAUAACCGAGGGCAACGCAGUACUUCUGCGUCCAGUUUACUCGAUGGCGACGAUGAUCCUUUUCUGCCCGCCGGGAUGAAUGCACGCGGCGCGGAAAACAGAGAGGAGCGCCUUCGGAGACGUCUUGCGGAACAGCAGCGCGAACGGGAUAUCGCCAACAAACUCGGUUCCAAAGGCGGAGGGAUAGGCGCGGAGUAUCUCCGUACUCGAGUGGGCGAGAAUUCCUCCUCUCCACUCGUUGGCGAAGGAAAUGCGAGUUCCUCCUCUUUUGAGGACAAAAAUAGCAAUAACAACAAUAAUAAUAAUAACAAGGCCGGCUUGUCAUCCUCUUUGGGCCUGCUAGGCAGCGCCAGAAAAAAGGCAGACACCAUCCGCCUCAGCCCACUGAAGCGCACCCACGAGGGCGACAAAUCCCGGAGCGCAGCAGCAGUCAAGAAGACUCGCUUCAUCACCUCCAAGGGCAUCCGAGAAGCCGGCAGGGACAGUCUCGGAGGGACGACCAACAACAGCAACAACAAAAACGGCAACGACUACGAUGAUGAUGAUGAUGAUGAACUUGAUAUCAUUUGA